AUGGAGAUUAGAAAAACAGUUAUUAUUUGUUUCAUUCUGCCUCUGCUUCUACUACUACCAUGUAACCGGAACUUGGCUUACGCCGCCGGUGGCAAGUGGGACCUACUCAUGUCCAGUAUUGGCAUUUCCGCCAUGCACAUGCAACUCCUCAAUGACGAUAGAGUUGUCAUGUAUGAUCGUACUGACUUUGGUGCGUCCAACAUCUCCUUGCCUAAUGAUAAAUGUCGCAACAACAAUAAUGACCUCGCUUUGAAAGUCGAUUGCACUGCCCAUUCUAUAGAAUAUGACGUGUCCACCAAUUUUGUACGUCCCCUCAUGAUCCAGACCAAUGUGUGGUGCUCCUCUGGCUCUGCCACGUCAGACGGUUCGUUGGUUCAGACUGGUGGAUUUAACGAUGGUAAACUUGUAAUAAGAGUUUACAAACCGUGCAUUACCGGGAAAAGGAGCAGUUGUGACUGGCAAGAAAUGGGAAAUGGCUUGAUUCAAAGUCGAUGGUAUUCCACUAAUCAUAUUCUUCCGGACGGAAGACAAAUUAUAAUAGGAGGCCGUGACGCUUUUAACUAUGAGUUUCAUCCUAAGACUCCUUCGACCAAUAAUAUAUUUAGUCUUCCGUUUCUUCAACAGACUAAUGAUCCUAGAGAGGAAAACAAUCUUUACCCAUUUGUUUUUCUUAACGUAGAUGGAAAUCUAUUUAUUUUCGCGAACAAUCGAGCUAUAUUAUUCGAUUCCACGACAAAUACGAUAGUAAAAACCUAUCCGCAAAUACCCGGUGGUGAUCCGAGAAAUUAUCCAAGUACGGGUUCUGCUGUUCUUCUUCCUUUAAAGAACUUGGAGGCACAAACGAUUCAAGCUGAGAUUUUGGUGUGUGGUGGAGCACCAAGAGGUUCUUACCUCAAAGCAACAAGAGGUGAAUUUGUGGGGGCGUUAAAUACUUGUGGUCGGAUUACAAUUACUGAGUCGAAUCCACAAUGGACCAUGGAGACCAUGCCACUACCUCGAACAAUGGGUGACAUGGUAAUUUUACCAAAUGGAAAUGUCUUGAUCGUCAAUGGAGCCGCGAUGGGCACUGCUGGAUGGGGAAUUGCUAGGAGUCCGAUUUUGAGUCCGGUGAUUUACCGACCCGAUAACCUACCUGGUUCUAGAUUCGAGGUACAGAACCCGAAUGCCAUACCUAGAAUGUACCACUCAACCGCGGUUUUACUCCGAGAUGGUCGGGUUCUUGUUGGUGGUAGUAACCCAAAUGAGCUUUACAACUUCACUGGAGUUCUUUUUCCAACGGAGUUAAGCUUGGAGGCAUUUUCACCGUCCUAUUUGGAUUCAGGAUCUACUAAUUUGCGACCACAAAUCAUUUCUCCUGUUUCUCGACAUAAAUUCAAGUAUGGACAACGUGUUAACAUUCAAUUUUCUAUUUCGGGGUUACUAAACAGAAAUUCGAUCAAAGUGACGAUGAUUGCACCAGGAUUUAACACACAUUCAAAUACUAUGAAUCAAAGAAUAUUGGUACUUUCAAAUGGAGUUGUAAAACAGGUUGGGAAAUUUGUGUAUCAAGUGAGUUGUUUAUUUCCAAAUUCAGGUAAAUUAGCACCACCAGGUUACUAUCUUCUAUUCGUGGUUCAUCAAGACAUACCAAGUGAGGGAAUUUGGGUCAGGAUCUUUUAA